GGGGGCGGCAUGGCGACAGCGUUACGCCAUUAUAACACAAUAGCCGGUCGGAUUACUGCGUCGAUCCUCUUUUAUGCGCCCUAAUGUUUGCGCACCGCCGGCGAUCGUCUGUCCUGCGGCCACGAUUUUAAUUUCUACCAAGUGCGGGGUUAUUAGUGCGUAGCAAAGGCAAGAGAAAAUAACGUCUGAAAUAAAUAAACCGUAAAUUUGCUUUAAGUUGUUUAGCGGUGACAGCCAGGGAGGCUCUGCGCGUUUCUGCAUAUAAGGCACGCGUGUGGUACAGGGUUUAUAUGUGGAUGUUCUUUGCUGUCAUGUUUUUAUGAUUUUUUUUUAUCUCUAAGGAUAUUAAUUGUACUGAAAGCAUGAGCCGUGCGUGUAUUUUGCACUGACUCACAAUUGCUCACGUUUCCGAUGGUGAUAUUACUAGUAUUUAUAUUCAUAAGACUUCCGCGCCCCUGGACUGGGCUGAGUUGGGGUCUAUGAUGGGCUGUUUAUUGGAUCAGGGGCGACCCUGGCUCAGUACCAGCCUCCUGGACCUCCAGCACACCCUAAUCAAGCAGUGACUUUGCCGACAGGCCCCGCUGACUCACUGGCGAGUGGGGGCUUAGGGGAGGUGGAGGGCCACGGCAUUUCAUCAGCCCUGAGAGGUCUGAACUGACGGUACCGCCUCGACUGCCAUGGCGUCAGCUGUCCCCCAGAAGAGGAUGGUAUCAUCUGUCUUCAUCACUCUGGCAUCUCCGCAUCGUGCCACCGUCACUCCGCAUGCCACGCUCACUGACUCGCGUGGCUCUGCUGUCAUCGUGGCCGGCUCUGGGAAAUCCUCGCACGGCACCCCCAGGCUUGGCCCUCCUACAGCCCCCAAAGCCCAAACUACUGUGCCCUAUAGCCAUGCCCCUACUACAUCACAGGCCACGCCUCCUGUUUCACACAGCCAUGCCCCCUCCACUUCACAGGCCACACCCCCUGUAUCACAUAGCCAUGCCCCUUCCACAUCACAGGUUACACCCCCUACAUCGCAUGGUCACACCCCCACACCGAAAGCACCACCUCCAACACAAUCCAAGCCCAGGUUCGCCCCGUCAAUAGUCCCACCUCCACCACCAUCCAGCCCCACCCUCACCACACCAAAACAGCCUUCCCACUCAGCUCAUCAGGGGGCACUGCCCCCAUCCUUGGGCAGCGGUCUGCCCUUCAUGGCACAUGGGCAAAAGGCUCCACUGGACAGAGAGAGCCCAGUGGAAGACAUUCCCCCACCACCUCCGCCUCCACCGCCUUUCCUGGGUGCAGAGCCGUCUGCGGACGCUGAGCCCCCCCUGCCUCCCCCACCGCCCAGCGACCCAUUGCCACCCCCUCCCCUUCCUGUCAGUCAGUGUGAAGCCCCCUUGUCUUCACCCCAAAUGAAGCCUGUGCCAGGACCUCAGUAUGGGGAGAUGGCACCACCUGCUGGUCAAAGCCAGAACAACCAGACGCCAAGAAAUGAGGACCUCAAGGAUGAUGCAGAGGGCAAAGACGUGUGUGGAUUUUGCCGGAAACCAGUGGCACUCAGUGAGGCUGCCAUUGAGGCCCUGAACAGGACAUACCACGCAGGCUGCUUCCAGUGCAGGCAGUGCUUCCUGCCCCUGGCUGGACAGCUGUACUACAAUAAGGCGGGGAUACCGCUGUGUGAAGCCUGUUACCAGGCCAGCCUGGAGCAGUGUUGGGCGUGCGGGGAGACCAUCAAGGAGCAGGUGAUGCGGGCUCUGGGACGGGCCUACCACCCCCCCUGCUUCGUGUGCAGCACGUGCAACUGGCCGCUCGGAGAAGAGAGGUUUGCCCAGGGCGAGGUCGGGGAGGUCUACUGCCUCGCUGACUACUACAGGAAAUAUGCGCCGUGCUGCAGUGCCUGCCAGCAGCUCAUUGUGCCUGCAGACGAUGGACGGGACAGCUACACUGUGGAGUGUCUGGGCCAGACCUUUCAUGAGGACUGUUACCGAUGCGAGACCUGCCAAGUGUUACUCUCUCCGGAGCCGAAUGACCAAGGCUGCUACCCUCUGGAUGGAAGAAUGCUUUGCAAACCUUGUCACCUGACCCUGGUGCAGGGAAGCCAGGGUUAGGGGCAGAUCCCCUCCUCUCCACUGGAUGGCGCUGAAGAGGGUCAAGGCUGAGUGGAGGAGGAGUAAGACCAGAAUGUGGCUUGUGGGGGGGGUGGGGGGGGUAUCCGUGUGUGUAUGUCAGAUGUGGGAAUGUUUGACUUUUUCAACGGAUGAUUCAGUCUGCUAAAGACCAAAAGUAUUUUACUACGUUCUGUUUAUUUCACUCGAUUUUCAUUUCUCCUUGACAAGUGUAAUAUUUCAUUUAUAACUGAUAAUUUGUCUUGUAUGCACCUGACUCUGAAAUGUGCCAAAGAUUCCUAAUAAAAUCCUUCCUUUGUAUCACUCACUCCAUUAUGUGGUUAAUGUGUCACCAUUGUAUAACAUGUUAAGCAAUGGAUGAAUAAAGUCACAUUUUGAAUGUU